AAUGAGUCAUUAAUUAGAAGCUUAGACUCGUCAGCUGCUGAAGUAAAUCCACAACCUGCUAAUCUGUCAAAUGGGACGAGGAGCCGCAGCUGAAGACUCACCUGAAGACUCAGGCUGACGUCCCGGUGAAGCAGGAUGAACGGAUACGAAGCUCCAGCUCUCGCCUCCGGAAUCUUCGGCUCGUACGACUCCAACAUGAAUGGCCUCGACUCUCCGGAGCCUCUCAGAAAUAAAGCCAAGUCUGGUGCCAAAGCUCUGUACGAACAAAGGAAACAUUUCACCAAAACCAGCAUCAACAGCCUGACGGACACGUCCCAGUACCACGUGGAGCACCUAACCACGUUCGUGUUGGACCGUAAAGACGGGUUGAUCACUGUGGACGACGGGAUCAGGCGUCUCCGCCUGCUGGACGCUAAAGGGAAGGUGUGGACUCAGGAGAUGCUGCUGCAGGUGGAGGAGAAGAGUGUCAGCCUCGUCGACCAGGACACCAAGAACGAGCUGGAGAACUUCCCCAUCGGGACGAUCCAGCACUGUCAGGCUGUGAUGAACAACUGCAGCUUCGACUCCAUCUUGGCUCUGGUGUGUAAAGAGUCGGGUCAAACCAAAGCAGACCUGCACCUGUUCCAGUGCGACGACAUCAAGGCGAAUUUGAUCCACGCAGACGUAGAAAGUGCCAUGAUCGAUGCCAAAGGAGGGAAAGUGAAGAAGAGACCAGAGACUCUGAAGAUGAUCCUGAAGAGCGACGGGGUCAUUCCACCUCCCCCGCCUGCUCCCGCCCCCCAACCCCCGGUAUCGUCCAAUCAGCUGGACGUGAAGAGCAGAGCGGCCGCCUGGUCGGCCUGGACCAAUGAGCAGCAAGACUACGAGCAGCAGCGACAGAUGCCGUCGUCGGAGGAGGAGGAGGGGCCGGUGGAGAUGACGGCGGCUCGCGUGGACAGAGACGUGCAAAUCCUCAACCACAUCCUGGACGACAUCGAAUUCUUCGUCACCAAACUUCAGAAAGCGGCCGAAGCGUUUAACGAUCUUUCCAAGAGGAAGAAGAUCAAGAGUAAAAAGAAAGGUCCGGGAGAGGGCGUCCUGACUCUGCGCUCCAAACCCCCCGGAGAGGACGAGUUCGUCGACUGUUUUCAGAAGUUUAAACACGCUUUCAACCAGCUGGGGAAGCUGAAGGAUCACAUCCAGAACCCGAGCUCCACAGACCUGGUUCACUUCCUGUUCACUCCACUCAGAAUGGUGAUCCAGGCGUCGGGCAGCCCGGACCUGGCUCGCAGCGUCGUGGUUCCUCUGCUCACCAGAGACGCCAUCGACUUCCUCCACGCCUCAGGAACAGCGGAGGAGAGACACCUGUGGGUCGCCCUGGGAGACGGCUGGACCAAAUGCAGGUUGGAGUGGCCGAGGGAUCACUACUUCCCGCCCUGCCUGCUGAGGUUUCGUGACGGCUGGGAGCCUGCGGCGUUACCGGGGGGGACUCGGGGUCGAGAGGCGGAGCUGACUCAGCUGGCAGAGAGCCUCGCCCACGCAGAGAUCCAGAGAGAGGAGGAGCUGACGAUGAGGCUGGCUCAGGAGCAGACGGCGCUGCAGUCGUUCCCUCCGACAGAUGGGUACGCCUUUUCCAACACAUCGUACAAACGCACGCAGAUCCUGGAUCAGGACGCGGCCGUGGCUGCGUUCAAACACGCCGUCAGCCGCCAUGUUGACCGAACUUUUGAUGCCGAAACCAGAAAUCAACCAAAUAUUUUUGCCAAAUCUAAAUUUGACUUUGUGGCAAGAAACAACACGGAACUUUCUGUCCUGAAAGACGAGGUCGUCGAGGUUCUGGACGACAGGAAGCAGUGGUGGAGGGUUCGUAACGAUGGGGGGGCGUCGGGCUACGUGCCAAACAACAUCCUGGAAAUCACCAAAGCCGUGGACGUGACGGGCCGAGCAGAUCCCAUCUACAGCCACACCAUCCAGCUUAUGAUGCCAAAGAAGGAGUUUGAGUUGUUUAAGCAAUUAUUGGGCGAGUUGAACGAGAAACAGACCACGAGGACGGACCUGAUCCCCGGUAAAGCUGCUGCCGCUCCGAUGCCCCCGGCCCCCACGCCGCCGCCCCCGGCCCCCGCCAGGCUCCCCACGCCGCCCCUGCCUCCUCCGGCCACCGAGCCCGCCAAACUAUCUGCCGGCAGCAGCGCUGUCAGCCGCCAGAGCAGCACCACGUCCAGCGACCACGGCGGCGUCACCAUGAGGGACCACGACAACCAGAGACCCGCCCCCUUCAACCGCAGGAAGUCCAACAUGGAGGACGUUCAGGACGAGCUGAUGCACAGACUGACGCUGGGUCGCAGCGCUCAGAAGAAGUUUCCACUUCCUUCUCGCGGCGGCGGCCUCCCGUCCGUCAGCAUCACGUACGACUCGUCACCUGACGACGUCAAAGUCUGGUUGGACGCCAAAGGCUUCAGUCCAGUCACCAUCACCAGCCUCGGCGUCCUCACCGGAGCUCAGCUGUUUUCUCUCAACAAAGAGGAGCUGAAGACGGUUUGUCCCGACGACGGCGCCCGAGUCUUCAGUCAGGUGACCGUGCAGAAGGCCGCGCUGGAGAGGAGUUCGGGCUCGGAGCUUCAGGAGGUCAUGAGGAGGCGUCAGGAGAAACUUGCAGUGACCACAUGUGUCGGGGUGGAGUCUUUUGAUGAAGGAAGCUCCCACUGAGCUCCUCAUGGCCUCCUCCCUCCUCCCUCCUCCUCCCUCCUCCCUCCUUUGCUUUAUCUCUUCUUUUCAAACUGCGGCCUGCUGUUCUCUCUCCUUCCUCAGGCGGCGAUGGACCACGCUGAGUUUGUAGAGAUAAU